CGCCCCGAACCCGGAAGCCUUUUGUCUCGCGCGACCCGGAUGCGCUUCCCCGCGCGGAAGCCGGAAGUGCCUCCGUCCCCGGCCGCUGGGGCGGAAAGCUGCGCGUGCGCAGUGAGGCGCUCUCUGGCGGGCCUGCGAGGAGCCGCGAGCGCCGGUUCCUUUUCUCACCUAAGUCACUUGAAGUGCAAAAGUCCCAAUCAUGGAUUUUCAACAUCGCCCUGGAGGUAAAACUGGGAGUGGAGGCGUAGCCUCAUCUUCAGAAAGUAACCGAGACCGCAGAGAGAGGCUUCGGCAGCUGGCUUUGGAAACUAUUGACAUCAACAAGGAUCCUUAUUUCAUGAAAAAUCACUUGGGUUCUUAUGAAUGCAAACUCUGUCUAACGCUGCACAACAAUGAGGGAAGCUAUUUAGCACAUACUCAGGGGAAAAAGCAUCAGACCAAUUUGGCUCGCCGAGCUGCCAAGGAAGCUAAAGAAGCCCCUGCCCAACCUGCACCAGAAAAAGUCAAAGUGGAAGUGAAAAAAUUUGUGAAAAUUGGACGACCGGGUUAUAAAGUGACCAAACAGAGAGAUCCGGAAAUGGGCCAGCAGAGCCUCCUCUUCCAGAUAGAUUACCCAGAGAUUGCUGAAACCAUCAUGCCUAGACAUCGGUUCAUGUCUGCAUAUGAGCAAAGGAUUGAGCCCCCAGACAGACGCUGGCAAUACCUUUUGAUGGCGGCAGAGCCCUAUGAAACCAUUGCUUUCAAGGUGCCAAGCAGAGAAAUUGACAAAGCAGAAGGAAAGUUUUGGACCCACUGGAACAGAGAAACCAAACAGUUUUUCCUUCAGUUCCAUUUCAAAAUGGAGAAGCCCCCAGCUCCCCAGAGCAUCCCUCCUGGACCCCCCACCGUGAAGAGGCCUCCACCGCCCCCACUGAUGAAUGGCUUGCCCCCACGACCACCUCUCCCGGACUCCAUGCCGCCACCACCUCCUCCUCCAGGCGGCAUGACCUUGCCACCUAUGCCUCCCUCUGGACCUGUACCGCCCCCAGCACCACCUCAGCUGCCACCAGCUCCUGGGGUACAUCCCCCUGCUCCUCUGCCCCCCAUGAUGAGACCACCGCUUCCUACAGAGGGGCCAGGAACUAUUCCCCCCCCACCUCCUUCCAACUGAAAAGCUCCUCCUGGACUCUUUUCCCAGUGGACUCCUUUUGAUUUGUGUUUAAUUACAAACAGUUAUUUGCUCAGAGGGAAAUCUUUGUCCUUUUUAUAUGCUAAUAGCUUUGCCUGCAUCCUGUAGGUUCAUUAAAAGUCUUUCUAUGUUGUUUUCUGUA